UGGUUGGCGUUAAUAGAGGAAUUGUGGCGGAAUCUCUUAAAUAGGCCGUACAUCUGCUUCAAAAAGUACAGAAACCGAGGCCCACACAAGCGUUCUCGAGCUUUUCAAAAAGGUGCGACUGUGACGUGCCGCGUAUGUGAGGAGCAAAUCGAACUAAAUGGUCGGGACAACCAACAUGUUGUCAAGUGCAGUGCUUGUCAUGAAGCCACACCAAUUCGUCCAGCUCCAGCGGGAAAGAAAUAUGUGCGAUGCCCUUGCAAUUGUCUUCUAAUCUGCAAAGCAGCAUCUACUCGCAUUGCAUGUCCACGUGGUAAUUGCAGACGUGUCAUCACUCUUGGGCAUCGCGAACCUCAAGGAAGCGCUAUACGUGCACCGGCUGGUAGUUGUCGUGUACAAUGUGUCCACUGUUCUGAAGUAUUCUUGUUCAACACUCUGAGCAACUGUCUCGCACAUUGUCCUCAUUGCAAGAAGAACUCAACUGUUGGUGGUUUUGCUCGACGCCGUGCUCUUAUAUACCUUGUCACAGCAGUCACUGCCCUUUUAUUCAGCGUUUUUUUAUCGAAAAACUCUGGGCAAAUGUUCACGUCUGCCUCUCAACAUCCAAUUAUGUACGGCGCAUGGGCGCUUGCUUAUCUCAUUGUCGUCUACCUUUCCUAUAACUUCAUCAAAUUUUGGAUGGUGAAGUUGAGUACUGUGCUUGGACCAAUCUAA